GCUCUCUCUGCUCUCUUGGCGUCCCAGGAGUUUAGUUACCCACCAAAACACGAAACUCAAAACACACAACACAAAACCCAAAGCUCUCUCAAUUGAAGACAGAACGAGACGUCGUCUCUGCACCACCAGGUUCCUCCAUUCGCUCUCUUGCCUCUUCCUCUCCAUUUCCGCGUCCUCUUAAGGUCUUGCGUUACAAGUUCGUCAAAUUAGGGUUUAUCCAUUGUUCUUAUUGCUUAUUAACUGCGAAGCUACUAGCGAUCUACUUUUAGACUGUAUAAGCUGUAGAGUAUGGGAGAUAGUGAGACAGUAGUAACUGAACCGUCGGCAGUCAUGGAUUAUCCGGCAGCUGGGUAUGCGUCUACUGGCUACGCUGAUUCUGGUUCAGUUGUUGUUCCUGGCCCUGGUGAUUUUAAUGUGGAGGGCACUGGAAAUUUUGCUGCUUCUACUGUUGCAGCACAGGGAGGUCAUACGGGAAAUACGUAUGGUGCGGACUCUAGUUCUGUUGUACCAGAGGCUCGUGUUGGAAUGAACAGUAGUGCUGAAAACGCAGCUGCUGGUGGUUAUGAUUCGGCUGUGAAUGGAAAUGUUGGAACUGAAGCUGGAGUUGCUGUAUCAGUUGAGAAUGGAAAUGCUGGAGAGGUUUUGGGUGGAGCUGCUGCUGAGCAGCAUUUUGUGGAUGGUUCUGUGCCAGAAAUGUCAGCUGAAGAGGAUCACCUGUGGAGCAUUGUGAAGGCUAAUUCUUUGGAUUUUGAUGCAUGGACUGCCUUAAUAGAUGAGACAGAGAAGGUGGCUGGGGACAGGAUAUUGAAAAUUCGAAAAGUGUAUGAUGCUUUUUUGGUGGAAUUUCCUUUGUGUUAUGGUUAUUGGAAGAAGUAUGCAGAUCAUGAAGCACGCCUUGGUUUUAUGGACAAAGUUGUUGAGGUAUAUGAACGGGCUGUUCUUGGGGUCACAUAUUCGGUGGACAUUUGGUUGCAUUAUUGCAUGUUUGCCAUAUCCACAUAUGGAGAUCCAGAGACUGUUAGAAGGCUUUUUGAGCGAGGAUUAGCUUAUACUGGAACAGAUUAUAUGUCUUAUCCCCUCUGGGAUAAGUACAUUGAAUACGAAGAGGUGCAUGCAGAGUGGGGCCGUGUUGCCAUGAUAUACACACGGAUAUUGGAGAUUCCUAACAGAAAGCUGGAUGAUUAUUUCAAUAGAUUUAAGGCUUUUGCUACAAGCCGGCCUUUGUCAGAAUUAAAGACUGCUGAGGAAGUUGCUGCUGUAGCACCUGCACUUUCGGAGGAUAGAAGCCAAGCAGACGAGGGAGAGGUUCAUCCUGAUGCAGCUGAACAGCCUUCUAAACCUGUAAAUGCUGGCUUAACAGAAGCAGAGGAGUUGGAGAAGUAUAUCGCCAUUAGAGAGGAAAUAUACAAGAAAGCUAAAGAGUUCGAUAAUAAGAUCUUUGACUUUGAAAAUGCUAUUAGGAGGCCCUACUUUCAUGUGCGGCCCCUUAAUGUUGCAGAGCUCGAAAACUGGCAUAACUAUCUGGAUGAUAUAGAAAGAGAGGAUGACUUUAAUAAGGUGGUCAAGCUAUAUGAAAGAUGUGUAAUUGCAUGUGCUAAUUAUACCGAGUAUUGGAUACGCUAUGUCUUGUGCAUGGAAGCCACUGGGAACAUGGAUCUUGCAAAUAAUGCUCUUGCUCGUGCAACUCAAGUAUUUGUCAAGAGACAACCAGAGAUUCACAUUUUUGCUGCCCGUCUCAAAGAGCAAAAUGGAGAUGUAUCUGGUGCUCGAGCUGCUUACCAAGUUGUACAUGCUGAAAUUGCACCUGGUCUUCUUGAAGCAAUUAUUAAGCAUGCAAACAUGGAGCAUCGAUUGGGGAAUCUUGAGGAUGCCUUCUCCUUGUAUGAACAGGCCAUAGCCAUUGAAAAGGGAAAAGAGCAUUCACAAGUGCUGCCAGCAUUGUAUGCACAGUAUGCUCGAUUCGUAUAUUUGGCAUCAAACAAUGUAGAGAAAGCCAGGGAGAUUCUAUUAGAAGGACUUGAGAAUGCCCAAUAUUCAAAACCACUUCUCGAGGCUCUGAUACAUUUUGAGACAUUUCUGCCACUUCCAAAGCGAAUUGAUUAUCUUGAUUCACUGGUAGAUAAGUUCAUUUUGCCCAGCUCAGACAGCGUCAAUGCUGCUAGUGCUGCUGAGAGGGAAGAACUAUCCUGCAUUUUCUUGGAGUUUUUAGGUAUAUUUGGAGAUGCUCAAUCUAUAAAGAAGGCUGCUGAUCGGCAUGCCAAGUUCUUCUUACCCCACAGGAGCAAGUCAGAGUUGAAAAAGCGCCAUGCGGAGGAUUACCUAGCUUCAGACAAGGCAAAAAUGGCCAAACCUUACCCUGAUGCAACUUCACCUGCACAGUCUCUGAUGGGUGCAUAUGCAAGCGCACAGAACCAAUGGACAGCUGGUUAUGGUGUACAGCCUCAAGCUUGGCCACCGGCUACCCAAGUACAGACUCAACAGUGGGCUCCGGGCUAUAACCAACAAGCUGCAUAUGGCGCAUAUAGUGGUUAUGGAGGCAGCUACCCUAAUCCCCAAGCUCCUGCAUCAGUUGCACAAGGUGCAGCUUAUGGUGGCUAUCCUCCUACCUAUCCUGCCCAGCAGGCCUUCCCUCAACAAAGUUAUGCACAACCCACAGCUGCGGCACCAUUGACUCAGCCUCAGCAGCCGGCUGCUGCUCCACAACCUUACUACGGGACUUACUACUGAUCUGGCAGGAACUUCCUGCGUGUAAUUUAUCUUUGCCGAAUCUAUUUGUAACUUGGGGUUUUUUCCGGAACCACGGACAGCAUGGUGUAAGCAAGAAUGCACACAAGGGAGAGGAAGGUGAGAGAGUAAACUUGUAGUUGCAAUGGCAGCAGUUGUUCUUCAGUGAAUGAUUAAAUCUUUUGCCAUUCUUAGGCAUUCUUUAGUAGAUUCUGCUUCUUA